AUGGCGCAAACAAACCACCACCCCGAUACCAGCAAAGACGCUGCUUUGGACACGCAGUUCGGGUGCCACCGGCAUGAGUUUGUGGUGCCCACCUUCCUGUCGUUGGGCGUGAGCUCGCCCGCGUUCGGCGCCGCAGACCCGGCGAUCUACUUCUGCGGAAACUCGCUAGGACUCAUGCCGAAAAGCACGCGGCCGGCAAUCGAGGCCGAGUUGCAGGCGUGGGGGGAGCGUGCCGUGGAGGCACAUUUCAACCACCCGGACGGAAACAAGACCAUGUGGAUGGAUAUCGACUUGCCGCUCGUCGAUCUCCUAGCACCCAUCGUAGGGGCCAAGCCCACGGAAGUGGCGGCCAUGGGCUCGCUCACGGCCAACCUCAAUGCGCUUUUGGUGUCCUUCUACAAGCCCGGCGGCCGCCGCACGAAGAUCUUGAUGGAGAAAAACGCGUUUCCCUCCGAUUACUACGCGCUCUUGAACAUGGUCAAGAUGCACGGCCACGACGAGUCCCACUUGAUCCAGCUCGACGUGCCGGCCGGCGAAACGUACCUCCAGACCCAGCGUGUGUUGGACGCCAUCGAGCAGCACCAAGACGAGCUUGCACUCGUGCUUUUGCCCGGCAUCCAGUACUACACCGGCCAGUUCUUCGACAUCGGCACCAUCACCCAGUAUGCGCAGCAGAGAGGGGUGCCUGUGGGCUGGGACUUGGCGCACGCCGUUGGAAACGUGGUGCUUCGUUUGCACGAGUGGAACGUGGACUUUGCGGCGUGGUGCUCGUAUAAGUACCUCAACUCGGGCCCCGGGGCUAUCGGCGGCAUCUACGUGCACGAGCGGUACACGCAAAACAACUGCAGCGACAGCUUUGCGCCGCGCCUCGCCGGGUGGUGGGGCAACGACGCGGCGCAGCGGUUCCAGAUGUUGGAGCACUUCGACCCGAUCCAGUCCGCGCUCUCGUACCGCCAGCUGAACCCCAGCGUGAUUGACUGCGUGGCGUUGCAGAGCUCGCUCGAGAUUUUCAAAAAGGCGGGGGGCAUGGGCGAGCUCCGCAAGAAGAGCGAGGCGUUGACGGGCCACCUCGAGGCGUUGUUGGUGCGGAGCCGAUACUGUCUUUCUGCCGGGGCCCCCGGGGCUGCGUUUGGUUUCCGGAUCCUCACCCCGGCCAGCCCUGCGGAGAGGGGGUGCCAGCUCUCGUUGCUUUUCCAGCCGCACGCCGACGACCCGGCGCAGAACGUGAUGGAGCAGGUGCACCGGUACUUGCAUGAGCACGCCAUCAUCUGCGACGAGAGACGGCCCGACGUCCUCCGGCUUGCGCCGGUGCCUCUCUACAACACGUUCCGGGAGGUGUCGAUUGUUGUGGCCCGCUUGGAGGAGGCCUUGGGCCAGAUCGAAAAGCGCCGGGCUUGA